UAUUCCUGUCUGCGGUCGAGUUGAAGUCACCGCUGCUCAGCCCAGCUCAUGCUACUCGGUACUGGCUGGCUCAGUAUGUUUCUUGCUUCGGUCUGCUUCGUGUGUGCCUUUUUGUCCGCUGGCGGUUGAUUAGGAAGAAGUUUAAUAAAUAGCUUUGAAAAGUGAAUUUAGUACCUGGUGUUACAUCGAUUUUAAGGAUGAGAAAUAUUUUGUGAUAGUUGAUAAGCGUUGGAGAAGAUCUAAAGAUUCCUCGCCAAUAAAAGUUCCUUCAAUAAGAAUCUGCGAGCGAGAAUUUCAACAACAACCAUUCCGGCGGACUCUGCCGCUAAAAUAUUCCGUCUGGACAGCGAACAUUAGGUGGAUUACGUAAUUUUCGCAAAAACUGCUUGAAGCUCCUCAAUGAAAUCAUCAUGGAAUUACGGUCGAUAGUAUUUAUAUUCCUGUAUUUAAUGACAAUAGCCACUUUCACACGAUGCGCUCAGAUUCCAUCCAUAAAACGAUCCGCCACGAUAUUCACCAAAGAACCAACCGUGCGGAUACAAUGUCUGUCGGGUUCGAUGCUGAUCACGAUCAAGGAUGCACCCGCCAACCUCAAUGGUCAGUUUAGCGGGAUGGUGUAUCCGAAGGGAUUGGCGAAAAACUCGACCUGCCUCACCGAGUACCGGGACCAGGAGGGAGCAUUGCGGUACAAGCUACCCCUCAAGAGCUGCAACACGAUGCCCAUCGAAACGGAUGAUGGCGGAAUCGAAUUCUUCAACACGAUCGUCCUACAACCGCAUCUGAAGCUGGUCACCGAUUUGGGUCGCGGCUACCAUGUGCGCUGUCGGUACAAGAGCCGAGAGGCAGCUAUGAAACCAACGAAAUCGUACGAUGAUAGCAGACCGAUGGCAUUGACCAGCGCCGAGAGCGGUGUGGACCGGCGUGACCAUGGUCGAUCAUUGGACAAAGACCCGGUGGCGACGGAAGAAGAAACCGAGAUCAAACCGAUGCCCGGAUGUCACAUGAAAAUCUUUACCGGGGAAAAGCUGGCGGAAAACGUCAAGAUUGGAGAUCCGCUCACACUAAUGAUUAACAUCGACAAGCAGGACCUGUAUGGGCUGCACGUCACUGACUGUUUGGUUCGCGAUGGGCUAGGUUGGGGAGAACAGAAGCUGGUAAACGAAGAAGGCUGCCCGCUGGAUAACGAGAUACUGGGACCUUUCGAGUACACUGAAGAUCGGAGUAAGGCCACAGUUACUUUCCCAGCGCAUAAGUUUCCCUACACCACCUCCGUAUACUAUCAAUGUAAUGUAAGACUGUGUGCUUUGAACGAUCCUGAUUGUCACAAGCCUCCAAACUGUGCUACCAACAAAACACAACGUCCGAAGAGACAAGCGGAUGAUGAAGGACUCCCGGCGACCAUCGAAGUUUUCUCCGGGCUUUAUGUCAAUGAGAAUGCUGAAGUUCUCAAUGACGACGCAGAUUCAGUUUCCAAAGAGAAGACUCUGGAUGAUGCUAUUUGCGUAUCUCAGCGAAGCUUUGCCGUUGCCAUAGCCAUAGCCGGUCUCUGUUUGAUGUUGGCCGUUGUCCUAGCAGUGAUGUGCAUCGUGGCGAGGCGAAGUAGCAAAUCCGUCUCCAACUCGGGUAGCUCCAUCUACAGUGGUCCAUAUACAAACACUGCCUUCUCGCACAGUAGCUAAACAAAUCUGCCGUUGGUGUGUGUGUGCGCACGUGUGUUCGCGUCAUAAUUUGUGUGAUUGGAUUUAUGUUUUAAGAUCGGAAAUUUGGGUACUAGAAAGCGUGACUACUGUGAUUCUUCCUGUUUAAACACUAACAACAAUGAUUAAUAAUAAUCGUAAUGAGGGAACGAACGCAAAUUUCAUAGGGUAAAUGUGCCAACUAGUGGAAAUAGAUACUUUUUAAACUAGCACCUUUUAAUUGGUACAUAGCAAACAGCAAGACAUCUACGAGAGUAUUAUGUAUAUCCCAAGUUUGGAGCGAAACUUGUAACCAGCGUUUCAGAAACUUAGAUAUUUCAAUUCACCUUCAGAUAUUACUAGACAAUGUAUUAUUUAAUGUUCUUUACCGAUUGUCUGCUAAUAUCGCAGAGGACAGUCUACCACCAUUAAAAUUCAUUCAAAUCAUGAUCUGGAGAAAUCUAAUUAUAAUUGUAUUUCUCCAUUACAUGUUAUCUGCAUGAAUUCGUGCCUCUGUCUGGUUAGUAUAGCUAUAUUUCUUUAUACAAACUGUCCAUACUUUCGUGCUAAAUCAAUUGUUACUUUUGCACAAGCACUGUCCAAAACUAAGUCAGGUGUUGGGUCUCUUUAAAGUCUAUUCAGGUCUCUUACUUCGUCUAACUUAAGCAAAUUCGAAAGAAUUGUCUGUAUUUUAAACUAGUGUAAGCAACGAACAGUACGCGAAAUAUUAAAUCGUUUGAGUGUUAGAAACUGUGAUACGAUAGAACAUUUCUAGCUUGAAGGGAAAUGUACAAUUAACAAACUUGAAAUCAAUCACAAAUUGGUAGCAAUGUGCUUCUGUAAUCUAGCAGCUCCCGUUAGGAAGUGUUUUCUUGUAUCUCAGUUCAGCAUAAGAGGGUAGGAAUAUUCAAAUCAAUCAACAGUAUAAAAGUAUGCAAUAACUUUGCAAACAAUGACAAACGAAAAAAAAUCAGUCCUAAAUCACACUAUAAUUGAAUAUUGAUCGUGUGCUUGUAUCUACGAACCAUCACAAAACGAACGAAUUUAAUAAAUAUUUGAAAAAAUCGAAAA